AUGAUCUUUCCUAUCUUUAAACUGGUUGCUCCAAUACUAGCACUUUCUUCUUUUGCUAAUGCCGACGUCGUGGAUAAAUCCAUGGUGUCGAGAGCUGUGGCAGGACGGCAUCCAAAACUUUCGGCUAUCACAGUUCGGUCUAGACUUCAAGCACGAGGAGACGCAUUCAAACCAACAAUAGACUGUGCCCAUGAAUAUGCGGAAGAACGACCAUCACUUCCCGGUUGGAACUCUCGAUUCGCUAAGACAGAGACUAAAUAUAAACUGCCAGCACUCGUUCUGGAAGACAUAGAAGAAGAUGUUGAGGAUAUUAGAUGCUCGGAGUCUGUAAUCACACUACAAUUUGCCCAAUCCCAGAGUCUGGGAGAUGUUCGACCGAGUUGGGACAAUCUUGGACCAUUCUUAAUUAUUACUUCCCACAUCGGUUGCAACGGAGAUGGCGAGAGAAAACCAUACCUCGUUUCUGGUAUUCAUUACGAUCUUCGCCAGUCGACAGUAGAUUUCUCUGUGAAAGAACUCGAAUGGCGACAAGCAUACGAUACAAUGACUGUUAAAUUCGGCUCCAAGGCAGGCAAGGUUCCAACCUCUUCUUUCCGAACCCACGAGGCAUUACGCAAGAGACAAGGAGGAGAUACAUUCGCAACAGUAGAUCCAAGCUCUACCACCCCUCAGCCAACUCCCACUCCUACUGGUCUCGAAACGAGUGUCGAUCUAGCGAACCCAUUUAACUCGAGUCAAAAGUUGGAUCCUAAUAUGAAGCUGUUCGAGUUUGCUACUGGAAGUGGAGCCACAACGCAAAGUGCCUCAGUAAGCUGCAAAGGCUGCACUCUCAACGGUACUAUUGACGUGAUUGCUGGCGAAUUUGUCGUCAGCACUAGCACAACCGAUAUUGGAGAGAUUAUCGAUUUUGUUCAGGACGGCUUCUUUCAGGUCGCCGCUAACAAUCUGGCUGCUCAUAUCGAAUUGGAUACCAAAUUCACGCUCUCUCAAGAGAAGACGUUCGAAAAACAGCUUACCGAGUUUGGUCUUCCAGGAUUCUCGAUCCCAAACGUUGCGACAGUCGGGCCAUUCUUCAGACCUGCGCUUGUUAGUACUAUUAAGCUCGAAGGAACACUAGAAUUUAGCUAUGGGUUUGACCUCAAAGUACCAAACAACUCUACACUUACGCUUCCAAUCGGUAACAUCACACAAUCAAAUGUGGUGGGGUUUGAAAAUGCAAACAUCACUGCUCUACCAUUUCAAGCAACCUCUCCUAGCAUCAAGCUUACACUUUCCGCCGCUCUUCGCGGCGAGCUGAAUUUUGGUAUCGUCCUGGGCAAUGCGAACAUAUUCGGCGGCGCAAAAGCGGAAAUAGGAGCGUUCCUCGACCUCCCCGCCCUCGAGGUCGCCAUCUCGACAGCUCCCGACCUAGACGUCAACUGCGAUCCCAUCCCAACAAACAUUAGUUUUACCAACGUAUCCGAGAUUGUCCCCCAAAAAUUCCCAAGUCUCAUCAAGAUAGAACCCGCCGUCGUUCUCAAUUUCGGAGUGAAAGCCGAUGUUCUGCUUGAUCUUCCUGGAAACAAACUCGAUGGAGGAUACACCACCGAGAGUGUCAUUGCAUCGACCAGCUUCCCGCUACCCACUGCUUGUUUGAGCUUCGACGCGGAGAAACAACAAUUGGCCAUUCCUACCACUACACCUCCCCCUCCACCUCCUACCACUGCUACGGUUGUGGCCGGUGCUACGAAUGCACCUGGUGCAAAUCCUACCGGGCAACCAGGAACAUUUGCGGAGAAGAAUGGUGCAGGCACGGCACGCGAGAUGUCAUCGCAGUUCUGGUGGGGUGGUCUGGGUCUCUUGACUGUGUUCCUUGUUGCUAUUCAGUUGUAA